GGUAUCGACCAAACAGCUAAUUCUUGUAUUCAUCGCGCCAUUCAAAGUACCAAGAAUUUUGUUUUGUUUGCAACGCUUUUCGAGGACCCACCGGCGCGACCAUGAAGCGAUCCAAGGACGAGGACAAGGAGGAGUCGCCGGUCCAACCGACGACCCACAAUUCCAGCGCAGGCAGCAACGGUCACGAUGUUAAAUCUCCGGUGGCCACCACUGCACCGGCGGCCACUUUAUCCACAGCGGUUUCGGAUACUUCGGGAGCCGGAGCCGGAGCUUCCGUUCGCACCACUGGACGCGUCAAGAAACCCAAACAGGUGUACGAUCCAUCGGACAACUAUGUGUCCCGGGCCAGCAGCAAUCGCAAUUCCCUCGGCGGAACAGUCGUAUCUGCAGCCCCGGCCACCUCCAAUAUCCAAUCACCGCCAGCCAAGGAGGCCAGCGAUUCGCAGGACUCCACACCCAGUCCGGUCGUUUCGGAGCAACAGCAGCAGCAGCAGCAAGCGGCGCAGCAUCGCAACUUCGACACGUGCCAGAAGUGUUCCAAAAGCGAACCCAAGCGCGGAUCUGGCCACAAGAGCAACUUCCUCACUUGCAAGGGCUGCAUGCAAAAGUGGCACUUUCCAUGUCUGCCGGUCACGUUCCAAAACCAGAGCACAGCGCGCAAGAAGUACAAGUGCGACAAGUGUCGCUAUUGCCAGGUGUGCAACGUGCGGGGGCGAGAUCUGUCCAUUUGCAGCUCGUGUGUGGAGGCCUUUCACCCGGACUGCAAUGAUCCCACCCUCAAGCAAAGCAAAAGCGUCGACAACAAUCCCAAGUGGAGAUGCUUCCGCUGCGAGGCGAGUAAUAGCAGCAACAACACGAGUCCCUCCAGCGAGGAGCAGACGGCGGGUAGGAAAUCCACAACGGGCCGCGAGGACCAGCCGGUGGUGCCCAGGAAGUCGAAUGCGGGUCGCAAAAAGCGCGUUCAAUCCGAGCCCACCGGGCAAGAAAAGCCGGCGAAGAUUGAGAAGAUAGCCAAACGUAGUCCGCCCCUGAAAACAGACGAGAAGAGCGAGAAGAAAGAAGAGAAGAGAGAGUACAAAAAGGAGGAGGAACCGGAGGAAAUACAAGUCAAGGUGGAGAAGGUCGAGCCGGUGGAGAUGGAGUCUGUGCAGAUUGAGAAUCAGCCUGAGAAUCAGAUUGAGCCAAAACAGGAAGCGCCGCCCUCACGUCUAACGCCAAUCGCGGCUGUCGAUAGCCCCGUGGAGAUGAAGGGUCAGCCCGUAUCCAGCUGGUCCGUGGAACAGGUCGUCCACUUUGUUGCCAAGCACUAUCCAAAGGAGGCGAACGUGUUCCGCUACCAGGACAUUGAUGGCGCCUCCCUGCUGCUGCUCACCCGCCAGGACGUGAUGAACGGAUUCGGCCUGAAGCUGGGACCGGCGCUGCGCGUCUUCGAACUCGUGAUGUCCCUGCAAAGUCGAUCCGAUGACGUGAGACUCGCCUGGUUAGAGUAGCAAACUACCACAUCACCCACCCCACCAACUCCCUAGCACCUAAGGUCAUGUACCACACCUGUAACUUUAAUCAAUACUCUCAUUCGGAGCCAUCGCGCAUCCGUUCGCAACCACUAAAGCUUAUAUUAAGUCUUCUGGCGGAUGGCAUUGAUAGCGCUUAAGUUUUUAAGAUGUUCUGUAAUCCCACACUUGCAAAAGCACAUACUUUGUAAAUGAUAUCUGCUGAAUUUGCAACAAACUUUGACUUUUAUUAAACUGCUUUUUAAGGGUUAAA